AUGCAGUUCCGCACGAAGAACUCCCCUAUUCUCCUCCUCCUCCUGCCGGCCAUCGCCAGCGCCCUUGCGACGAACCCUGUCGCCGGCAAUGACAAAGACUCGGCACUCGCCGCAGACGUGGCCGACCCGGCAAUGCUCAAGGGCCGCCUGGGGGUGCCCACCAAAGACGCGCCCGUCGACGGAAAGGAUGGCAAGCCUCAUCUAGGCCCAUUCGUCGAGACCGACGGCACGGCGUCCACCGAGACCAAGGGCGAAAAGGACUUGCCCACACUCAAGGGGCGUCCCCAGGAUCCCACCAUCGUCGACGGUAAGAAGAUUCCCGAGUCAAACGAUGGCGUCAUGUUCGACAAGAACCGCGAGAAGCCCCAGGACGGCACUACUGGCACUGAGGGAGGCGUCUCCGAGAAGGACAAGGCCCGCAAGGCCCACGAGGGCAAGACGGGCGAGAAGCUCGUCAACCAGCCCGAGGCGCCCAAAGAGCACCCUCCCAUCCCCCAUAGCGAAGAGAAGAAGAUUGAGAAAGGCAAAGACAAGACCAAGGGAGCAGACGCCGACAAGGAAAAGUCAAAGGCAAAGGCGUCCUCCGACAAAGAUGGCGAAGACACGGGUUACACUGGGCUCGAGAAACCCGACGAUCUCCCCGAUAUGGAUCGCGAACAGGUGCCGCCGCCGCUUCCCGACUCCGCGAAGAAGGACCAUCUCGAUAUCUCCAAGCCCAAGACCGGAAGCUCAUCUUCAUCCUUGAAUCCCACAGAAGAGGACGAAGGCAUCAUCCAACCUUUCCACUCCUUUAUCCUGUCGUUCACUAUGAUCCUGGUCUCUGAGGUUGGAGACAAGACGUUCUUGGUGGCGGCUCUCAUGGCUAUGAAGCACGACCGCAUGGUCGUCUUUUCUGCCGCCUUUGGUGCCCUCCUUGUCAUGACGGUGCUGUCCGCGGUUCUGGGCCAUGCGGUCCCCGCUCUGAUCCCCAAGCGUCUGACCGGCCUCCUUGCCGCCGGUCUGUUCUUUGUCUUUGGAGCUAGGCUCUUGCGAGAAGGAAUGCAGAUGGACCCCAACGAAGGCGUGACUGCCGAGAUGCAUGAAGUGGAACAGGAACUCGCCGAGAAGGAGAAGGAACUCGAGCGUAGGGGCGGAUCCAUCUCCGGUGAUGCCUUGGAGAUGGGCCUCGGCGGCAGGACUUCGCGCAAGAGCAGGUUUCCCUCCCCGCGAUCGCCCUCGGAGUCGCCGUCCCGGAUGCCCUCUCGCAAGUCAGGGGGCGCCAACAGCUUCGUUAGCGGCAUCAGCAACCUCUGCUCUCUCAUCCUCAGCCCUGCGUGGGUCCAGACCUUUGUUAUGACCUUCCUGGGCGAGUGGGGAGACCGAAGCCAGAUCGCCACCAUUGCCAUGGCUGCCGGACAGGAUUACUGGUGGGUGACCCUCGGUGCUUUGGCCGGACACUCCAUUUGCACGGGCGUUGCAGUCAUUGGCGGCCGAGCCAUUGCCGGACGCGUCAGUCUCAAAGUUGUGACGAUUGGCGGCGCUGUUGCCUUUUUGCUCUUCGGCAUCAUUUACCUCGUCGAGGCUCUCUACGCAUAA